UGACAGCCGUCAAAUCGCCCUUUCACCAGCUCAGCCACGUUCGGCAAUUUUUUCCUGUGUAUCUGCUAGUGCAAAAAUCAUCCAAAAUCCGGAUAUAAUCCGCAUUAAAGUCCGUAACCCUGCUGACGAUGAGUGAGACCAUCGCCUGUACGCCGGAAUCGGUGGUGUUCGAAGCCCCGCAGCUUCAGUUCAACGAAGAAGGAUGGGGCCCCUGUGAGCUUCCGGAUGCUUUUAAGGACAUCCCAUACCAACCGUUCAGCAAGAGCGACCGUAUGGGCAAGAUUUCCGACUGGACCGGUACGGCUCAAACCGACAAGAAGUAUCCCAAUAAGUAUGCAUCGCAAUUCGGAGGUGGCAACCAGUAUGCGUACUACCAUGAAGAGGACGAGACGACAUUCCAUCUGGUCGACAGUGCCAGGAUCCAGAAGCAACCGCACCAGCGCGGUCGCUUCCGUGGCAAUAUGAGGAACCAGCGCGGUCGUGGACGCGGAGGACGCGGUGGAGUUCAAGCCGGCGGCAUGACGAACCUUUCGAAGAAUGCUAAUAGAGGACGUGAUCAGCGUCGCGGAACUACCCGUAAAUGGGGCGCUCGUCCGCCACAAAAAAUUCGCGAUGCAUCGGUUGCCGUGCGUCCGGAUUGGGUCACCGUGGAGGAAAUGGACUUCCCACGGUUGAGCAAACUUUCGCUUCCGAAUGUUGAGAAGGGUGAGGAUAUUACCACUUGCGGAACGCUGGAAUACUACGACAAGGUUUACGAUCGUGUCAACGUCAAGAACGAGAAACCGUUGCAGCGUGUGGACAGAAUCUUCCAUACCGUUACGACCACCGACGACCCGAUCAUCCGCCAGUUGUCGAAAACGCACGGAAACGUUUACGCUACGGAUGCCAUCCUGGCUACGAUUAUGUGCUGUUCCAGGUCCAACUAUUCGUGGGAUAUUGUCAUUGAGAAGAUUGGUGACAAGCUGUUCAUGGAUAAGCGCGAUAACACUGAAUUUGAUUUGCUGACUGUCAACGAGACUGCGAUCGAACCUCCGAAUGAAGAUGGAAACUCUCUUAACUCGCCGCGGAAUCUGGCCAUCGAGGCAACCUUCAUCAACCACAACUUCAGUCAGCAAGUGCUGAAGAGCGGUGAGAAGGAGCUUAAAUUCAAGUUUGGCGACCCGAAUCCAUUCAUCGGAGACGACGAAGACGGUGAAGUUGCCAGCGUUGCCUAUCGUUACAGGAAGUGGGACUUGAACAACGGUAUCGAGUUGGUGGCACGUUGCGAACACGAUGCCGUCCUUCUAACGCCCCAGGGAGAUACGCAGUUCCUCACGAUAAAGGCUCUGAACGAGUGGGACUCGAAGGUGGCCAACGGUGUCGAGUGGCGUCAGAAGUUAGACACCCAACGUGGUGCCGUACUGGCCAACGAGCUGCGUAACAAUUCCUGCAAGCUAGCCAAGUGGACCGUGCAAGCCCUGCUGGCCGGGUCCGAUCAGAUCAAGUUCGGAUAUGUCUCUCGUGCCCAUGUGCGUGACUCCUCGCGACAUGUUAUCCUCGGAACGCAACAGUUCAAACCGCAGGAAUUCGCCAACCAGAUCAAUCUGAGCAUGGACAACGCCUGGGGUAUUCUGCGUUGCAUCAUCGACAUCUGUAUGAAGCAGAAGGAUGGCAAGUAUUUGAUCAUGAAGGAUCCCAACAAGCCUAUGAUCCGACUAUACGAUAUCCCGGACCAUACGUUCGAGUCGGACGGAGAAGAAGAGGAAGGCGACGACGGAGAGGCCUUCCAAACGUACGCGUAUGGACCGUCUGCUGCUACGACGGCGGCUGCCACAGCUGCUGCUGCCGCAGUCACCGCAGCAGCGGCUGCUUCUGCUGCUGCUGCGGCUACUGCUGCUGCCACUGCUGCUGCUGCGGCUACUACUGCGGCUACUACUGCUGCUGCUGUUGUUGCUGCUUCAGCAGCAUCGACGACUGCACCGGUUACUGCUGAAGUUGCUGCUGCUACUGAAACCACCACCACCCCAACUACUACCGCUGCUGCUGUUGCAGCUGCUGCUCCUAAAACAACUGCCCCAGCGGCGGCACAAAAGUAAGAUCAUUCAUUACUCUGAACAAUAUUCUAUGAUAAAAGUGGAGAGCAUCCCCUCCCAAACCCAGUUUAGCGAAGAAACAGCAGCCUCUUAUAUAAUUAUAAUCAUUCAAAUACUACUAAGCAACUAAGGAAAUUAACAACACUUUUGCUCUUUAGACAUCCGGUUUAGACGGAAAGAGGAAGUACGGAAAGUAAAUUGGU